AUGUCGUCGAUUACCCGCGCCGCGUUGGCGCAGCCGACCUCUCGCGGCUUCGCAAGGCGCUUCGCUACGUCGAGGCCGUCGCGAGCACAGAACCAGAUAUAUACUUCAAUCAGGAAGGUGUUCAUACACUUCAUCCCAUACCCAAUUCCCAUUAGCCAAGGACCGGCUGACGAUCGUUCUAAAAUACCCAACAGCGUCCGCCGUCCCGCCGACUUCCAAAACUACCAGCUCCUCUCAUCGUCUUCGCGGACGCCACUGCUCACGCUGUGGACGACGUCCUGGUGCGGCACGUGUCGCGUCGUGGCCCCGCUGAUCAAGUCGCUCGUGGAGUCCGGCGUCGGCGAACAGGAGGGCGGCGUGGCGUUCUGCACCGUCGAGUACGACGCCCCGGAUAUCAUGAGCGGGGACGGUAGUGGCGACACACCGCUGGGGAUGACGUACAUGAUUACGAGCAUCCCGACUUUGCUGAGCUUCGAUGCUGGCGAGGCCAUGGUGGAGACGAAGGUCACUGAUGGUAGGAAGUUGGCGGAUCGCGAGUUUCUGGAGGAAUGGAUUCGGAAUGAGGCAAGGAGACAUGGCGGGAGAGGAGGAGGGGGCGGGAAUGGCAUUUUGGGGGGUUUGUUUGGGGGUUGGAGGUGA